CAAGCAUGUCAGUGAGAGUCAACUCCCUCGCCGAGUCGAUAUCCUCGUUCUUCGAGAGUGAAGACGCGUGGGCAUCUCUGCUGCCGAUCGGAGUUCUGUCGAUCGUGACACUCUGCGUGACGAGCACUUUCUUGAGGGCAAGGAAGGAACUCGCGGUUCGCUUCACUUUCCAAGUCCCUCCUCAACUGCGAAGCGGCUGGGGACGGAAGAACGAGCCAGCAGAGCAGUCUUCUCAUGAAGACAUAAUCCGCAAUGGUCGCAUAUACCCUCAAUGUCCCGCAGAUGGACGCCCUCUAGGACCGCCCAUUGACCCUGCGACUGACUCCGCUGUCGACUCUGCCAUAUCGAGCGCAACUCGAGCUCAGUUACGUUGGGCGCAAACCUCUUUCCCGGAACGACGUCGAGUCCUGCGUACCCUUCUUCGAUAUAUUCUUGACCAUCAAGACGAAAUCGUCGCAGCAUGCUGUCUCGAUAGCGGUAAAACCAAGAUCGACGCGUGCUUCGGAGAAAUCCUAGUCACGGUCGAGAAAUUACAAUGGACAAUCAAGCAUGGCGAGAAAGCAUUACGGCCGACAAGACGACCGACAAACCUGUUGAUGUGCUAUAAGGCAAAUACCGUCGCCUACGAGCCAUUGGGCGUAGUGGCAGCUUGCGUGAGCUGGAACUACCCCUUCCACAACUUCAUAUCACCCAUCAUAUCUGGUCUAUUCGCAGGCAACGCAAUCAUUGUCAAACCUAGCGAACAAACCUGUUGGAGCACAUUCUACUUUACAGACAUUGUACGAGGAGCGCUCCAGGCGUGUGGCCACAGUCCGGACCUGGUGCAGAAUAUCAUUUGCUUGCCGGACGUUGCAGACCACUUGACGAGCCAUGCUGGCUUGAGCCAUAUUACCUUCAUAGGCAGCAGAGAGGUCGCACAUAAGGUAUGCUCGUCCGCUGCGAAAGCAUUGUCGCCUGUGACAGUCGAGCUAGGCGGCAAAGAUCCGGCCAUUGUGCUCGACGAUCCUAAGACUGUCAGAAAUGUUGACGAUGUGAUAUCGAUCCUCAUGCGCGGCGUAUUCCAGUCUGCUGGACAGAACUGCAUAGGAAUCGAGCGUGUCAUUGCCCUACCAGCCGUUCACGAUAAGAUUCUCCACAGCGUGCGCCAGAAGGUUAGAAAUUUGCGCCUGGGUUCAGUCCUGCUGGACAAUCACACACCAGAUAUGGGCUCGAUGAUUUCAAGUCGGAGUUUUGACAAGUUGGAGGGCCUCAUUGCUAAUGCGGUCGAGCAAGGCGCAACACUCCAUUGUGGUGGGAGGAGAUACCGGCAUCCGAAGUAUCCGCAGGGGACUUAUUUCCAGCCGACCAUGCUCAGCGGUGUCACAAAGGAUAUGCAGAUCGCACAAACGGAGCUCUUUGCGCCAGUAUUCCUGCUCAUGAAAGCCCUCGACGUUAACGAUGCCAUUGCCAUUGCAAACUCGACCGAGUAUGCGCUCGGCGCGAGUGUUUUCGGACACGACUCACAAGACGUGUCAAAGUGUGUGCAGGGCAUCAAGGCCGGUAUGGUCGCAGUGAAUGAUUUUGGCGCUUAUUAUGCAUGUUCGAUGCCGUUUGGCGGCGUGAAGGGUUCAGGAUACGGCCGGUUCGGCGGCGAGGAAGGGCUACGGGCGGUGUCUAAUGUGAAGAGUGUGUGCCAGGAUGUGUGGUGGGCGAAGACGCUCUCGAUCCAGACGAGGAUACCACCGAAACUACAGUAUCCUGUAAGUCGGAGUGGUUGGGAGGUGUGUAAAGGGGUGAUCGGGACGGGCUAUGCGUUGCAGUGGUCGGAAUGGGUGUGGAGUGUGUAUGGCUUGGUAAGGAACCUGAUGAGGAGGGACGGCGUCGAGGAUCAGAGCACAGCGAAUGGCUCAGUUGAGUAAAAAUGGCUUUUGUCUCUGUCAUGGUGUUCUCAAGACAUCGCCGCAAGCCUCUAUGGGGAUCGUUCCUCACGUCGGUCAUGAUCAUGGUCCACGAGGACGCGUCAAGACGUGAAAAUCCCAUUACAGCAUAGGCUCCUUAGCCUCUGUACUUGUACAGCGCCUAGGUAUGUAUUCAAUCCUGUCAAAGAAUA